AUGGCUGAAGUAGAAGAUUUAUUCACCCAGAACGAGGAAAACGCCAAGAGGUUCAAAAGCGGACAGAAGCGCAAACAACCAGGCUCAGUUACAACCGCAACUACUAUCUCAACAACGACAACAACAUCCUCCACCGGCGCACCUUCACACCGCCUUCCUUCUGCCUCCCCUACAUCGCCCACACGGAUACUCGCCUCGCCAACCUCUCCCAAAUCAUAUUCACAAGCCAACGGCCUUACAAAGAACCGGAGCAAUAGCAACAGUAAGAUCAACGGUGGCAUGGUAUAUCAGCAACCAAAGUCUCUUCAACACCACCCUCUGCCUUCACAACCCCUCAAGUUCGACCCCUCGGUGUUGACCGACAAGUACAGCUCCGAGAGCUUUCAACACUAUCGAAGUAACAGCACCACCAGCAUCACCACCACCACCAUCGGUCGACGUGAAUCACUUUCCACUGAGGCCACCGAUGUUGCAUCCAGGAAUCGGUAUUCAAGCAACGGCUCCGUAGAUGCCAAAGCCGGUAGCUUUCUGGACUUUCCUCCACCAAGGCCCAAGAAGGUCAAUGUCGUCAACCGCACAAGUGUCCAGGAUAUCGAGGGCAUUGCAUCCAUGCUGGCAGAGACGACGCUCAACAACGUGGCCUAUUUUGGGGCCAAUGCGGCCAUGGUAACGAAUACGUUCGACGAAGAGGAUCUCUGGGGUGCUCAACUGGGCGCUUUCAACACUGCUGGCGAUGUCCUUGUCCCAGAGGAGCUGCAGAUUCUUCCUGACCCCAUCACCCGCGAACAACUGACUGAGCUGUACUACAAGAACCACUACAGCAGCCUUCCUAUGGUCCAGCGCGAGGCUCUACGGGUAUGCCAGGAGAAUGUUCACAUUCCACACUGUCUGCUGCUCUGCAACGCCGUCUACUACUGUGGCUCUAUGUACUCUCCAAAUGCUAUUACUCUUCGCAGGGAUGUGAAUGACGAGGGCUCUGUGGGCGAGGAUUUCUUUUUGCGAGGCCAAGGAAUGCUGGAGAAAAAGUAUCUGACGACGCAUAUCUGUACGGUUCAGGCACUGUUGCUGUUUGCUAUCGGGCACAAGUCACAGGCUCAGCGGUCGGCGUUCAUUAGUCAGGCGAUCACGAUGGCAUUGGACAUGGGCUUGCACAACCGGUUGGACGACAGUGUGAACCCCUACGUGCGGGCGUACCGAGCACGGACCUUCUGGUGCUGCUACGUGUUCGAUUCGACGGCCUCUGCCAUCAACGGAAAACCAGGGCUGAUCAACGACGAGGAAAUUGGCAUCGAUAUGUUCACAGCUGGAGAGCUGGGUCCCGAGUCUGAGACGUUCUCUGACCAGUACAUUAUUCACUGCCUUCACGGCUGGCAGCUCUGCCGGAGGAUUCGCAAGAACACCAAUCUGAUCACCCGCCCAUCGCCACCGCCACGGUCAGUGCUCCAGGAGAAUCUUUCGAGGCUGGAUAGUGAGCUCGUGGAGUGGCAACGGAAUCUGCCCAAGGUUUUCGAGUUUGCCGCAUUUGACGGAUGCAUCGUCUCCAACAUCUCGAGGUUGUCGGCGUGUACUCAGCUCCUCUGCUAUGCCCUCAUCAUCUUGCUGCAUCAUCCUUACCUACCCAGCCCCAAGAGCCCAGAGGCAUUCCAACCCCCGGCACCUGGCCAACCGGACUCUCAAGGAUAUUGUACACAGGCCGCCAAGGAGAUCACCAAGAUUGGCGGUAUUUUGCUGAAGGAGGCUCCACGGACCUUUGAGCAGCAUACGCCUUCACGCUUCUCGCUCAACUUUGCAGUCCGGAUUCACCUUCGAAACGCCAAGUGCACGACUGACGCGACUUUGGCCAAAGAGUCACGGCGAGAUCUCCAAAAGACGAUGGACUAUAUCGAGCGGGUGGAGAAUCUCCAGUUCUUCCGCAUCAACCGGUCGAAAAAGUCAGAAGUCGCAGACUUGCUGGCCUCAUGUCGUGCAGCCCUCGCACAACACAAGUCUAGUCUGGAUUUAGCCAAGGAGGCAGCUGCAUUGAAACACCGACAAAUCCUGGAGGAAAAGCAGAACAUGAAAGAGAAGCAGGAACAGCAGAGGAGGGAACGACAGAAGCAACAGCAACAGCAGGAGACCUUGCCUCAGCCUAUCCUUGCCUCCCAGAAAGGCCCACCACUGUAUCAGGAUGGUCAAUCCACUGAGGACGCCUCGCCUUCCCAGAUCUUGCUCUCUAUGCAAGAGACACAGCAGCACCCGAACCUCAAGAGUCAGACCUACAUGCAGCAGCAGCUCCACCUCCAAAUGUAUACCCAGGAGCGUAACCAGCAGGAACUGGCGCGGUUGAACCAGCUGCAACGCCAUGGACAGCUCGAGUUGGACCAUCAGCGCCACCAACAUUUCCAACAGAUGGCGAUGGCGAAGCACAAGCAGCAGAUCUUUAUUCAACAGCAGCAGGCUCACAGCCCUCAGAUGUUCAGGACUAACAACGCCUACCAUCCGUCACAGCAUCCCCACCAGGCUCAGCAACAAGUCCUUCAAAAGCAGCAGCAGCAGCAACAUACAGGUUAUCCAUCUGCCGCCAGUGGCACCGGAGACCAUUUGCAACAACAGAUGAUGUUGAUAUCAAACGGCGGCCAUUCUCAAGCAAGGCCCGCGCCAGCACCUUAUGGUGCUGCUGGUCUCCAUGUGAUCGACUUUCAGGACCCAGAGGCGUUUGCUAGUCUGACACCGGAGCAGCAGCAACAGCUCUUCAUCACCUUCAGUCAAAGUCUCAACAGCGGCAACAACACGAUGUACUCCCAUAAUGCGCCUGGGAACAUUGGUGGUAAUGAGCGAGGACAAGGCACCAAUGGAGCACCCCUUGCUGACCACCAACAACAGCAGCACCCGGACCUUACACCUUUAACCCUCUCGUCCCAAGCUCAAGCACAUGUUCCAACGUCGUCCUCCGCCGCCAUGUAUCCAACUGUCGCCGUCCACAACAGCAUGAAUGGUGGCCAUGGAAUGAUGGAGAACUUUUUUCUUCAGUCAUCGAAUCCCGGUGUCACGGUGAUGGACAUGGACAGCCAUUCUUUUGGGGAUAAUGCUGGCACGGUUUUGUCGUCUUCAAACGGGAUGCAUCACCACCACCAGCAACAGCAGCAACAACAACAACAACAACAACAACAACAACACCACAACCAACAGCACCGAGUAAGCUUUGACAACAUCUCGACGAGCGGUCUUCGAUUGGGAUCUCCAGAGUCGGUGACUUCGCCUGGGUCGAUUACCGAGGAUGCGAUCCUGCAGUCCUGGUCGAUCUCGACGUUCCACGACCAUAUCUACCUGAAUCCGAAUCAUGCCCGAGAUGAUCCCAGGAACGACUACAGCACGUUCAUGUACCUCCCCAGUGAGUUCGAGUACGGCGAUGCGCCUGCCCUCUCACCGGGUGCAUCUUCGACGGGUGGUGGUGGUGGGCCCGGGAGUGUGAGCAAUGGUAGUGGUACUCAUGGCAGUGGUUCCGAAGGCAGUACUUCACCUCGCCACCUUCAAUAG